AUGGCCAUCAAGAUACCGAGCAAACUACCUCAAAGGGCGGCGAUCAAGCAGAUUCUUAAGAAGUGUUCGAGUUCUUUCGGCCACGGUCACGAAGGAAGCCUUCCGGAUGAUGUACCUAAAGGCCAUUUUGUUGUGUACGUCGGGAAAAACAGAAGCAGAUACAUAAUACCGAUAUCGUGGUUGGAUCGCCCCGAGUUUCAGAUCUUGCUCCGAAAAGCAGAAGAGGAGUUCGGGUUCAGCCGCGACACCGACCUCCGAAUCCCUUGCGAAGAAAUCGUUUUCCGAUCACUAACGCCCCAUGUGGGACGAGUCAUCAGAGCUCAGCGUAAGGGUCCCGGUUCCGUCUUCAAGGCCCACACCCACCACCGCAAGGGUCCUGCCCGUUUCCGCAGUCUCGACUUUGGCGAACGAAAUGGCUACCUCAAGGGUGUCGUCACCGAGGUCAUCCAAGACCCCGGCCGCUGCGCCCCCUUAGCCCGCGUCAUCUUCCGCCACCCGUUCCGUUACAAGAAGCAGAAGGAACUCUUCGUUGCCGCCGAGGGUAUGUACACCGGACAGUUCGUGUAUUGUGGUAAGAAGGCUACCCUUGUGGUCGGAAAUGUUUUGCCUCUUAGAUCUAUCCCUGAAGGAGCUGUCGUUUGCAAUGUCGAGCACCAUGUCGGUGACCGUGGGGUUUUCGCUAGGGCUUCUGGCGAUUACGCUAUCGUUAUUAGUCAUAAUCCUGAUAACGAUACCACCAGGAUCAAGCUUCCAUCGGGUGCGAAGAAGAUUGUUCGAAGUUGUUGCCGAGCCAUGAUUGGCCAAGUUGCUGGAGGUGGUAGGACUGAGAAACCCCUUCUUAAGGCCGGUAAUGCUUUCCACAAGUACAGAGUGAAAAGGAACUGCUGGCCUAAGGUCCGUGGUGUGGCUAUGAAUCCAGUCGAGCAUCCCCACGGAGGUGGUAACCAUCAACAUAUUGGUCACGCUAGUACCGUUAGACGUGGUGCUCCACCUGGUCAAAAGGUUGGUCUUAUUGCCGCAAGGAGGACCGGUAGACUCAGAGGGCAAGCUGCCGCUACUGCUGCCAAAGCCGAUAAAGCAUAGGUGGAGUAGGAUACUACUAGUUGUUUUUUUAGUUCUUUUGUCCUUCAUAUUUAUUUUAUGUUAAAGACUAUUAACGCUCUUGAACUUUCAGAUAAUGCUACUGUUUUGAGUUUGUUCAAGGGAUGUUUGUGUUCUGAAGUUGGGUUUUUACUUGAAAGUGUUUUAUGUCAUCCUUGUUC